CUGGCAGAGCGGGUCUGUCUCACUGAGUUCUGCGUAAGAGAGAAGUAGCUGCAGUCCUGUGAAAAUGGAAAAGUUCAUGUGGUUAGUGGCACUCGUGAAUUCCUUCAUCUUCUGCAAUGCCAUCCUGGAACUGACUGGCACCCACGACACUAAAGGGACAUGGAAGAGUUCCAUCACCUUGCCAUGUGUCUAUGGGCCUUCCCAGGACUUUGUGCAGCAAACAGUCAUUUGGACCCUGGUCCGAGAUCAAAGCCCUGCUACCGUCUUUCGAAGGGAUAACUCUGGUGAUCACAUCAUGUUGUCACGGUACAGAGGUAGAGUCAGCGUCCCAAAAUACAGGCCAGGGGAUGUCUCUCUUGAAAUUGAGAAGCUUGAAAUGACGGACAGUGGACACUACACUUGCAAAGUCACCUGGAGAGCCCAGAACAAUAGCCUGCUAACAAAGGAGAGAACCACUAUAGUUAAGGUUGUUAAAGUUUCAGUGACUAAACCCAUCAUCAGAGCAGGCAAUCUGGGAUUCACUGUACCAAAAGGGGCUAGGACAAGCCUGACGUGCUCUGCCAAUGGGUCCCCACCCAUCACCUACCGUUGGUUUAAGGGAGAGCCAGGAGGAAACACAGUGCUUGUGAGCAAUCAUGCCGUACUCAUGUUUGAUUCUCUGCAAACGUCUGACACGGGGAAAUAUUACUGUGAAGCAGAAAACAAAGCAAGCUCGCAAGUCAAACAGCAGAGUGAUGCAGUGCAGCUGACUGUGAGGGACCUCACAAAACCAGCAGCCACAGUACCCAGCUCUGAGAACAAGGCGAACACCAUGGCCAAGCCUGUCUCAGAAAGAGGCCCCCGGAGGACCGGCCUGCCCUUCUAUCUCAUCAUCCUGAUGGUUGUGAUCUGUGUGGCUGUGGUUUUUGUUAUCGUCGCUGUCGUCUUGUGCAGGAGAAAGAUCAAGGAGGAUAAUCCAUAUGAAGUAACAUAUCAAAACACGAGGAAUGACAGGAGAAGACAGACUUGUUCAGGAAUAAAUGGCAAGUGCAAGUAUGAGGAGGGAAAACCCACAGUCGAAAACAACUUCAUGACACAGCCUGUGAAAGAGAAUGAAUAUGAGACAAUAAGCAUAAAGGAAAACAUUGAAUGCAAGAUCCUUGUGAACGCAAUGGAAUCUGAAUAUGAAGUGGGGGAUGUUCAGUAGGAACUAGCAUUUUCAUGCAAGCAGGAGUGCAGAAGAUAGAGCUGGAGUGCUUGAACGGUGACCCUUCACCAAGGGAAACCCUCCUUCCCGUCUGUCUUCUCCUCUUAUAAAUAUUCUAAACUCCUUCCUUUAUUUGUUCAAGGGGAACUGUGUCACCUUCUGCUUCUUCAGCAAAUUAAGCUCUGGCCUUUGUUGCAGAAACCCUCAGCAAAGCAGUUAUCUAACUGAUUUAUGCAGUGAUUAGUUUGUGAGCAUCCUGGGGGACGGGGGUCAGGACUAAAGGGGCUCCACAAAAGUCUUGAAGCUGCAGAUCAAGGUAAAUAGUGGAUUGUAACAUACCUAACAAAUGAUAAUUAAAACAAUAAAAAGAUCUAUAACGAUAAGUAUACAUUCCCUGGCUAGAAAGGUACUGAAUGCUUAGGGCCAGGCAACUUUAUUAAAAGGCAGAAAGUUCUCUGGCUUCCUCCACUACAAUUAAACCACUGAUUUUACAUCUUAUUUGCACUCAGGUCUUCUUCCCAAGAUUGGGUGGGGGGGUGGUAAAGGGACCAUAAGGUUGAUGUCCAGAGUGUGUCAGAUUGGAGGAAGGCAUCUUUCUUUCCUGCCUCUCUUCUGGAAAGUCAGAGUUGCUGUUGGGGAAAACACUACAGCUUGACUUUAGGGUGGGGGGAAUAGGAACACAAUAUAAUAGGAAUGUUGCAGAACUUUGUCAUCCUGAGUAAGAGCUUAGAGGGGAAAGAAAGGGGUAGUCUAGUGAUAUGAGCAAUGGUUUGGGAACCAGAAUCUCCUGCGUUUUAAUACAGACUCUGACACCGGCUCACUGUGUAGCCUUUGGCAUGUGUCUCAAUCUGUCUGCUUCACUUAUUUAUCUGUAUAAUGGAGAUAUUAAUAGUGACCUAUCUCACAGGGAUGUUGUGAGGCUUUCAUGUUUGUAAAGUGCCUUGAACAUAGCAAGUGCUUGAUAAGUGCUAUUUUAAUAUUCUCCCGUGGUAAUUGCAAAGGGGUCUCAAGGAGUCUAUUGAAUCUUGACUCUGACCACUUUGGUCUUUCAUCAUCCAAUGCAUGCUCAUUCUGUUUCCUGCAAUUUGUUCCCCUUGCUCUCUUGUCUGAUGUAACUCUGCAGAGAGAUUUGGGGUACAGCAUGCCCUACUCAAAAUAAAGUUAGAUGGUGUUUUCACA